UCGUCCAUUAUCUCAACCCAUGCUACAUGAGCUUGAACCUCCUGCUACGACUUACGUACUAGUGUCGGAAUCACGAAUAAUUUGGUCGGCUACUAGGUUUGGUACAGAACAAAUUUUUAGAUAUCAUGGCACUUAGUACGGGCAAAGUAAUUUUUAAUCCUGUGUUGAAGCAAACUGUGAAGCAAUUGUUCUAUAUUGAACAUUUUGUUAAACACCAAGGAAAGUAUUUAGGUGGUCAGUUAUACGUCGGUUCAUUUUUACCAUGUGUAACAGCACAAAGAUUUUAUGCUGACAAAAAGGUUUUUUCAAGAGAUAAACCACAUUGCAACGUUGGCACAAUUGGUCAUGUUGAUCAUGGAAAAACAACAUUGACCGCAGCUAUCACUAAAGUUUUGGAAGAAAAACAAUUAGCCAAGGCAAAGGGCUAUGAUGAAAUCGACAAUGCACCAGAAGAGAAAGCACGUGGUAUUACGAUCAAUGUAGCACACAUUGAGUACCAAACAGAUAAGCGUCAUUACGGGCAUACAGAUUGUCCAGGACAUGCAGAUUACAUUAAAAAUAUGAUCACAGGUACAGCACAAAUGGAUGGAGCAAUUCUUGUAGUUGCUGCCACAGAUGGUACUAUGCCUCAAACACGGGAGCAUUUAAUUCUUGCUAAGCAAAUCGGUAUUGAAUAUAUUGUUGUUUUCAUUAACAAGAUCGAUGCAGCUGACGAGGAGAUGGUAGAGUUGGUAGAAAUGGAAGUUCGGGAGUUGUUUACUGAAAUGGGUUAUGACGGAGAGAAAUUGCCUGUUGUUAAAGGCAGUGCGCUUUGUGCCUUACAAGGGGAAAAACCUGAAAUUGGAAAGAAUGCUAUACUACAGUUAUUAGAGGCUGUAGAUACUUUUAUACCAACACCAAUUAGAGACUUGGAUAAACCUUUUCUAUUACCCGUAGAAAGUGUUUAUUCAAUUCCUGGUAGAGGAACAGUAGCCACAGGAAGAUUAGAACGUGGCAAAAUAAAGAAGGGCAUGGAGUGUGAAGUAAUUGGUUUCAACAAAACUUUAAAGGCAACAAUAACAGGAAUAGAAAUGUUUCAUCAAAUUUUGGAAGAGGCACAUGCUGGAGACCAACUGGGUGCUUUACUUAGAGGUUUGAAGAGAGAGGACGUUAGAAGAGGUAUGGUAAUAUCCAAGCCAGGUACAAUGAAAGCUAAUGAUCACUUUGAGUGCCAAGUAUAUAUGCUCACCCCUGAGGAAGGAGGUAGAAAGAGACCCAUCCCAAAUCAAAUACAAAGUCAAAUGUUUUGCAAAACGUGGGACGUUGCCACACAGAUUAAUUUAAUAGACAAAACUUUAGCCAUGCCUGGUGAAGAUUUCACAGCUGUAAUGAAAUUAAUAAGGCCUAUGGUUUGCGAGAAGGGACAACGAUUUACAUUGCGAGACGGAAAUACAACCUUAGCAACCGGGGUAAUCACGACUAUAAAGGAACCGCUUUCUGAGAAAGAUCGAUUGCAACUUCUCGAAGGGAAAAAGAAAGUUAAGAAAGAGGCUCGAGCUUAAAUUAUCAAUUUGUUGCAUUUGUUGUGUGCGAAAGUUAAUGCAGAUUGUCGAUAGUAUUUCGAUGACAUAAAAAAUAAAUUUCAACUCCAAUAUCUGCUGUAGUUUAAAGGUAUAUGCGUAUAUACAUCAAAUAGAAUCGCAGUAUAAAUUAAGCAUUAAUUUCGUAUGCAUAUGCAUUUUCCUAAAGCUGUAUUACAAAUUUCAGUUCUCCAUCAAUAAUCGUCAAAUGAUUUUAAACAUUAUAUAAUCACUACUAAGUAAUAUGUUAUUGUAUAUAUGUGUUUAUUCCAAUGCUGUUUAGUCAGAUGCAAAUGGAAAGCAUCCCUUAUAAAUACAAUUUAAUAAAUUUCUCGUACAAAAUGUA